AUUCUGAGUCGAGCCCGGGGCCGAGCGCUGGGAGCUCAGCAGGCGGCGGCGGCGGCGGCCUGAUCUCCGGGGCAGCCCGCUCCCUCCCGCUCUCUCCUUCCUUCCCCGCGGUCAGCAUGAAAGCCUUCAGCCCCGUGAGGUCCGUUAGGAAAAACAGCCUUUCGGACCACAGCCUGGGCAUCUCCCGCAGCAAAACCCCGGUGGACGACCCGAUGAGCCUGCUCUACAACAUGAACGACUGCUACUCCAAGCUCAAGGAGCUGGUGCCCAGCAUCCCCCAGAACAAGAAGGUGAGCAAGAUGGAAAUCCUGCAGCACGUCAUCGACUACAUCUUGGACCUGCAGAUCGCCCUGGACUCGCACCCCACCAUCGUCAGCCUGCACCACCCGCGCCCCGGCCAGAGCCAGGCGUCCAGGACGCCGCUGACCACCCUGAACACGGACAUCAGCAUCCUGUCCUUGCAGGCUUCUGAAUUCCCUUCUGAGUUCAUGUCAAAUGACAGCAAAGCACUCUGUGGCUGAGUAAAUGGUGUUCAUGACUCUCCCCGCUUUGCACAACAACAGACCCACAGGAACUUACUUUUCAGCCAUUUCACAAGGAGGACAGCACGUUGAAUGGACCUUUUUAAAAAAUGGAAGCAGAACCAAGAAGGGUCAGAUCCUCCUCCCCGGGGAGUUUCUGCGCGGGCCGGACUGUGGUAGUUAUUUAUGAAAAAGACUUUUAAUGCCCUUUCUGCAGUUGGAAGGUUUUCUUUAUAUACUGUUCCCACCAUGGGGAGCGCCAACGUGAAAAUCACAAGGAAUUGCCCAAUCUUAGCAGACUUUGCCUUUGACAAAGGUGGAGCGCGAGUACCAGAAGGAUCCAGUGUUCAGUUACUUAGUGAAGUCUUUCGGUCAGCAGUGGCCAUUUGGACGCAAGCCUGCUGAAUGCUGUGUAUAUAUUUAUAUAUAAAUAUAUAUUGAGUGAAACCUUGUGAACUCUUUAAUCAGAGUUUUCUUGUAUAGCGGCAGAGAUGUCUAUUUCUGCGUACAAAGUGUAAUGAUGUACCUAUGCUAAACUUUUUAUAAAAGUUUAGUUGUAAACUUAACCUUUUAUACAGAAUAAAUCAAGUGUGUUUAUUGAAUGGUGAUUUGCUCGCUUUAUUUCAGAGGACCAGUGCUUUGAUUUUUAUUAUGCUAUGUUAUAACUGAACCUGAAUCAAUACAAGCUCAAAUUUAUGUAGACUGUGUAAGAUGAUAAUAAAACAUGUCUGGAGCCGA